CCGAACGCGGUCAUCUCGCUUCCACUCGGCCCGGAACGCAGAGGAGGUGGAGGUGGAGGUGGGGGUGGAAGGAGAGCCCGGCAGCCCUGGCUUCAGCCCUCCCCUCCCCGGGCCAUGACGCCGCCGCCUCCUUCUCCGCACCCUGACUCUCUGGUGGUCUUGUUUGGGGCAACCGCUGGUGCUCUGGGGGCUAAACUGGGCUCAGAUGAGAGGGAACUAAUUCUCUUGGUGUGGCAAGUUGUGGAUCUUCACAGCCGGAAGGUGGGGACCCUGCACAAGUCCCUGGUGCGUGCGGACGACCCGGAGCUGAGCGAGCAGUGCCGGGAAGCCAGCGGGCUGAGCGCCGAGGGGCUGGGCCGGGCCGAGCCGCUGGACAAAGUGCUGCAGCAGGUGAAGGGUUAACUGGCUUGGGGCCGGGGUCCCCGCCUCCCUCGGGCCGGGCUGCUGAGGGACUCCGUCCCCUUCCCCCCAGCCCAGCCCCAACUGCACGUGGACUUACAGCAAAACUCCUUUUGGGAGAAAAAAAAAAAAACUUCAGGGAAGGCCUGGCUGGCUUCGGAGGGAGGGGGAAGGGGUUGAAAGAAGCAGAAGACCGGGUAGCCGGCCCGCCCCCUUCCCCCCCCCCCCCCGCAAUUGGUGGGAGAGGAUCCCCCAACUUUGGAGAGGGCAGAAAGGUGCAGCAGGGAAGCCUUGAAAGUUCUAGAGGCUUGUUUUUGACGAAGAAGAAAGCCCGGUGUAUUUGGGGGGGGAGCAGUCCAGUGACUGUUGGGUGGCUGGGAAGAUUGAGG